AUGGCUCCCGAGUCAAACAAGAAGAAAGAUCCUAGAGCUUGGGACGGUCUGACUCCUCCUUUGGCAGAAUGGAUCUUAGACGCCAUUGCCGCCAUGGGGUUUGGGAGAAUGACACCCGUCCAAGCCUCAACUAUUCCCCUCUUUCUGGGUAACAAAGACGUUGUUGUCGAGGCUGUCACUGGUAGCGGAAAGACUUUGGCCUUUUUGAUACCCGUUGUGGAAAAGCUAUUGCGAUUAGAAGAGCCCAUCAAAAAACACCAUGUUGGCGCAAUCAUUGUCUCACCAACCCGUGAGCUCGCGACCCAAAUACAUUCCAUUCUUCUCUCUCUCCUCGCCUUUCAUGGGCCAUCGGCGGAAGCCUUAAAGCCUUUGGAGGAGGACGAGAAGAGAAAGCCAUCACCCAACCUCACGGUUGUCCCCCAACUUCUUCUCGGCGGGACAACGACACCGGCGCAAGAUCUUAGCAGAUUCCUCAAGAAUAGCCCAAACCUUCUUAUAUCUACUCCUGGAAGACUUCUCGAGCUUCUCUCCUCCCCGCAUGUUCACUGCCCGCAAUCUUCAUUCGAAGUGCUUGUUCUGGAUGAAGCAGACAGGUUACUGGAUCUAGGGUUCAAGGAUGAUUUACAGCAGAUCUUGGGACGUUUGCCAAAACAAAGACGAACAGGACUGUUCAGUGCCAGUGUCAGCGAAGCCGUUGGAGAAAUCGUGCGAGUCGGGUUGAGAAAUCCGGUCAAGAUUGCCGUGAAAGUUAAGAGCGCGACUGGAGAUGACAAAAGAACGCCAGCAAGCCUACAAAUGUCAUACUUAAUGACCCCACCAAGUCACAAAUUUCCUGCACUCCUCUCACUGCUAUCUAAAUUAGAUCCUACCCCCCAGAAGACGAUUGUCUAUCUCUCGACUUGUGCGGCGGUCGACUACUUUCAACACAUCCUCUCUGCAUUACUCCCCGCUCAAUUCUCUCUGCUUCCACUUCAUGGAAAGCACCCACCCAACAUCCGACAGAAAAAUUUCUCAAAAUAUAUCACAGCCGUCACCCCAACUAUCCUUCUCACGACCGACGUUGCGGCACGAGGUCUCGAUAUCCCUCAAGUCGAUCUUGUCGUCCAAAUCGACCCACCUUCCGACCCGAAAGUCUUCCUCCACCGCUGUGGACGAGCAGGUCGAGCAGGUAGAAAAGGCCUGAGUGUGAUACUCCUCCAGCCUGGUCGAGAAGAAGACUACAUCCCCUUCCUCGAAGUUCGAAAGACACCGAUUUCUCUUCUGAAGCAUCCCGCAAUAUCAAUCACAGACAACGAUGCGAAUCUCGUCACUUCCAAAAUGCGAGAAGAAGUCCUAGCGGAUCGGGCUCUAUACGACAAAGGUCAACGAGCUUUCGUGAGCUGGGUGAGGGCUUACUCGAAGCAUCAAGCUAGUAGUAUCUUUCGAGUUGCUGAUCUCGAUUGGGCGGAGCUAGGUAAUGCUUGGGGCCUUGUCCGCCUCCCUAAGAUGCCCGAGUUGAAGAAAUGGGAUGGCGACAAAACGUUAGGUGUGAAACUAGAUAUGACAGAGUAUGCUUAUAAGGAUAAAAUCAGGGAAAGGGCUAGGAGAGUGGCAAUGGCAGAGGAGAAGAAUAAGGAGCCGUAUGCGCCAAGUGAGGAAGCGCUGAGGAAGAGGAAGGAAAGAGAAGCGUGGAGUCAGAAGCAUGAGCAGCAGGAUGUCAAAGAAGCUAGGAGGGAGAAGAAGAGGAGAAAGUGGGAGGCUGAGAGAUUGGAGAAGAUGACUGAGGAAGAAAGAGCCAAAGAAAGGGAGGUUCAGGAGUUGGUUGAGCAAGUUAGAAAAAAAAGGCUGGAGGAAGAAAAUGAUGAGGAGUUCCGAGGGUUUGAUGAGUAG